AUGUUGUGGAACAAGAACGCCCCCAACAAGAAUGAUGGUCCUUACUCUAAAGGGAACAAGGACUCACAAGGGACAGACAAUUCCCUGACCUCCAGGAGACAGAGUAUCCCAGAUCUGCGGGGCGUGACGAUAGUGGAGCUGAUUAAGAAGGAAGGCAGCACCUUGGGCCUCACCAUCUCCGGAGGAACAGACAAGGACGGAAAGCCCCGCGUCUCCAACCUACGACCAGGAGGACUGGCUGCCAGGAGUGAUCAGUUGAACGUGGGCGACUACAUCAAGUCAGUGAAUGGUAUCAACCUGACUAAGUUGAGACACGAAGAGAUCAUCAGUCUGUUGAAGAACGUGGGAGAACAAGUUGUCCUGGAAGUGGAGUACGAACUCCCCCCAUCAGCACCAGAUAGUACCUCAGGUGUGAUUUCCAAGACAAUGGAGAUAUGUUUGCACAAAGAAGGGACCAGCUUCGGCUUCGUCAUGAGAGGGGGCUCACACGAAGACUGGAACAAAUCUCGCCCCCUAGUGGUGACAUACGUCAGACCAGGAGGUCCUGCAGACAGAGAGGGUAGCCUGAAGCCGGGGGAUCGUCUGAUGUGUGUAGACGGGGUGCCCCUCCACAGUGCCAACCACAGGGAUGCCCUCGCCGUGCUCAACCAGUGUGGUCAGGAGGCCCUCCUACAGAUCGAGUAUGACGUCUCUAUCAUGGAUACUGUGACGAAUGUGUCUGGUCCCCUAUUGGUGGAGAUCGCCAAGUCACCAGGGGCGGCUCUGGGUAUCACCUUGACAACCGCCACCCACAGGAACAAACAGGUCAUCGUCAUCGACAGGAUCAAAGCAGCUAGUGUGGUGGACAGGUGUGGAGCUCUCCAUACAGGGGACCACAUCCUGUCCAUCGAUGGGACCAGCACAGAGCACUGUUCAGUCCUAGAGGCCACACAGCUGCUAGCCAGCACAUCAGACCAGGCCAAGCUAGAGAUCCUCUCUGCCCACCACAGCAGACUGCCUAACAAACCACAGGACACUGUGAAGGUUCAGAAGAGUGACCACCCUCACUCGUGGGACCCCUGUGUGAACUACUGUCCCCCCCAGCACCCCUCCUCUCACUGUAAGACCUGGACCACCUCCAACAACCCCUCCAGCACACAGGAAUACUGCAAAUCCAUAGUGUCUACCAACUUCUCCCCUGGUUCCACCACCACAACAUCAGGCCCUGGGUCGACGAGCCAGAUCUCCAGUACGCUGCCCCGUACAGCCGUCCCCAUGAGCCCACGCAACUCCCUGAUGAAGAGACGACAGAGGAAAAAAGAGCAUAAGAGCUCAUCCGUGUCCCUGGCGUCCAGUAGUGUAGGUCCUGGUGGCCAGAUCGUCCACACAGAGAGCAGUGAGAUCAUCCUGAGAGGAGACCCCCUCAAUGGCUUUGGGGUCCAACUACAGGGGGGAAUAUUCGCUACAGAGACGCUCUCUGCUCCCCCUCUCAUCCGCUUCAUAGAGCCAGACAGCUCUGCUGAGAGGUGCGGACUGCUGCAGGUGGGAGACAGACUCCUGUCCAUCAACGGAAUCCCCACGGAGGACGGAACACUGGAGGAAGCGAAUCAGCUUCUCCGAGAUGCGGCUCUGACCAAUAAGGUCUCCCUGGAGGUGGAGUUUGACGUCGCAGAGUCUGUUGUGCCCAGUAGUGGAACGUUCCAUGUUAAACUACCUAAGAAGAGAGGGGUGGAGCUGGGCAUCACCAUCAGUGCCAGUAAGAAAUCUGGAGAGCCGUUAAUCAUCUCAGACAUUAAGAAAGGCAGCAUGGCUCACAGGACUGGUACCUUGGAGCCUGGGGACAAGCUCCUGGCCAUAGACAACAUCAGACUGGAGAGCUGUUCUAUGGAAGACGCCUGUCAGAUCCUAGAACAGGCCGAGGACCUGGUUAAACUCAAGAUCCGUAAGGACGAAGACAACUCUGAUGAACAGGAGACGUCUGGUUUAAUCAUCUACACGGUGGAGCUGAAGAGAUAUGGAGGCCCGCUGGGGAUCACCAUCUCAGGCACAGAGGAGCCCUUUGACCCCAUCGUCAUCUCUGGCCUCACCAAGCGGGGCCUGGCUGAAAGGACCGGAGCGAUCCAUGUGGGAGACCGUAUUCUGGCUAUCAACAGUGUCAGUCUGAAGGGCAAGCCGCUCAGCGAGGCCAUUCACCUGCUACAGAUGGCCGGGGAGACGGUCACACUCAAGAUCAAGAAACAGGUCGACAUGGCAGACGAGAAGAAGAAGGAUGGAGAGAUGGAGAAUGAUUUGAGUGACACGGAGGACGUGUCGGACAUGACAGACUCUCAGAAGACCAACAAGCUGUCAGAGAUCUACUCCACCACCAUACCCAGUGUGGACUCUACCAUGGAGUCCUGGGACGGAUCCGGCAUCGACGCGGGCUACGGAAGCCAAGGUCCCUACAACCCCCAGGCAGCAGGCAUCGCCCUGCACCCCCAUGAGUGGAGGAGUGCCAGGCAGAGGACCAGCCCCCCACCCCCGGGCCGCCGUAGUAACAACUACCCUUUCAGUGACGGGGGCUUCAGUGAAGACGACUGGGACAAACCGUCAGGAUACACCAGCCAGCCUCACAGUGACGCCAUCAUGCUCGACCACGAGGACAGUUUCUGGUGUCAGGCACUGGAAGACCUGGAGACCUGUGGACAGUCUGAGCUCCUCAGAGAGAUAGAGGCAUCUAUUAUGACGGGCAGUGCCAUCAGUAUUGGGGUGGAUGGUAACAAGUCCCAUGGCCUCCCCCACCCUGGAGACCCCGUCUGCCAGCCCCGCAUCAGCCCUCUGCGGAGGAGCUCCCUCCAGCACCACGAUGCCAAGACCCACCUGCACCAGGAGGCCCACCUCCACCAGGGGGCCCACCUGCACCCGGAGGCCCAUCUGCACCCGGAGGCCCAACUCCUGCAUCACGAGGCCAGAACCCAGCUGCAUCACGAGGCCAGGGCAAAGAACACACUCCGGGUGUCUGAGAAGACCUGGGAGUCUCGUAGGAUCAAGGAAGAGAUGCAGGAGAUCCUCUCCCCUACCCCUCUGGAGCUACACAAGGUGACGGUGAUGAAGGAUCCAGAGAGCGAUGACUUCGGCUUCAGCGUCUCCGACGGGUUCCUGGAGAAAGGUGUUUACGUCAACAUGAUCCGUCCAGAGGGCCCAGCAGACCGCGCAGGCCUGAAACCAUAUGACAGGAUCCUACAGGUGAACCACGUGCGUACCAGAGACUUCGACUGCUGCCUGGCUGUGCCUCUGAUCACCGAGGCCGGGGACAAGCUGGAGCUGGUGAUCAGCAGGAACCCUCUGGCCCAGCAACUGCACCAUGAACCGGACUGUCUGGACCAGGACCAAGGCCUUCUCAUCUCUGCACUGCAGUCCAACAGUAGGGAACACCACCACCACUAUACCACUACAACCCGAGCCAUGGACCUGUGAUUUACAGACAGACAGCACAGACACGCCAUGCCGCAGACCGUUACCAUGGAGCAGUCUGUGAAUCUACAGACACACACAGAACAAUGGACCUUCUUUGGACAUGUGAACUACAGACGCAGCCACAGUCCAGUACCAUGGACACACCAAGUCACAGACUGAACUUCUGAAUGAACUACAGACAGGAGCCACAAACCAGUACUAUAGACCUGUGGCUAAAGACACAGACCAGUACUAUAGACUAUAGACCUGUGGCUAAAGACACAGACCAGUACUAUAGACUAUAGACCUGUAACUAAAGACACAGACCAGUACUAUAGACUAUAGACCUGUAACUAAAGACACAGACCAGUA